UUUGUUCGCUGGAGUAAUAAUCUGGACAACUAAUCAACAACGUUUGCGCUAGCUGGAAACGAAGGCGUGCAUAAUGCAUAUGUACCCGCAGGCUGUGCAGACUACUGUAAUGCUUUGUUUAUAACUUUAUAACAUUACCAAGCCCAGUUUUUUAUUUGCCGAUCUCGUUCGGAAUACAGUACUGCACCGGGGUAAUUUAGGCUCGUGGAUAUUGAUUGCACAGCCGAUACAAUAUUAAUUUUGUAAACAAGUUACGAUGAAGGUGGUACUCUUUAUUACCAGUUGUGCGGUGGCCCUGGUUGCAGCACAACGUGAUCGCGACCGAUGGGUUUCAUCCAGCGAAAGGGACGAUUUCGGCUCGCAACGCAGCAACCGUUUCGACAGCAACAACGCCUACCUCCGUGUGGACAUUUUGCUGACCAAGUUUCAUAACCCCGACGGUGUGCGGAUGGACGGGAAGAAAUGUGACUGGCUGUCGGCAUGCGACACCUGGAUACGCGGCAUGAUUGACUUUGAGAACCCAGACGCACCCUUUCCCGCGAUCCCCGUUCCUUACAGCUGGCCGAAGAUCGGCGAGAAGUGGGCCAACAACAUCAUCCCGACCAUUCACCCAUCGGAGGGCAAUAUUACGCGCGAAUUGUGCGGCGACCGCUAUCGUGGCGUCAACCUUCGGGUAGUAAUACAAGAUUGGGACGGGCUGGGAAGUCGUGAGGACAUCAACUUCUUCGACUGCCGCAUCACUGCCGAUCCUGAUGCUUCGGAAUCAACGGCCAUCUGGCGACAGGACGUCACGUGCAUACCGGUAUACAAAGGUCACACCAUGAAACUGGACUUCAAGUAUCAGAUCUAUAAGAUUUCUCGCAGUCAGUGCAAUCCACAGCGGCUGGCGACACGCUUCCGCGGGCGCCGCUAAUCUGUGAUCUCGAAUCAGUUUUCCUGUAGCCAGGAUGUUGUGCUUUAAUUGAUAUAGCCUCCUAUAUUUACCAGGAUUUAGGGAGUGCAUGUACGUAGACCGCGCUCUUAAUUCAAACGUUCGCUGAUUUGAAGAAAAAAGAUUUGUUGCGGGCAACGAAGGCAAAUUUUGCUCUGUCUUAUUUCGUAUGUCUUAUUUCGUAAAGUAUCAUUUGCUCGGCCUCAUUAAAAUUAUCGUUUUGCUUAAAUAACUUUGAUGUUUUUGGUUUCCGAUGGAAUAUCCAACUCGUCCGAAGAUUGAAUAAACAAGAUUAACUUG